CGUCCCCCGCCCUCCGCGUCAACCUAUAACACCUCACCGCCAGCAUGUCUGCCCCCGAUCCCAAGGAAGCCUGGCAGCGCAUCCAGAACGAACUCACGCGACGAUCCGCUCGAUUCGGAGGAAGCGGAGGUGGGCCACCCAGAGGCCUUGGUGGAGGUGUCGCAGGCCUGCUCCUGCUCGGUGGCGGAUUCUAUCUCAUAAACAAUGCGUUGUUCAACGUUGACGGUGGUCAUCGAGCAAUCAAAUACACCAGGAUAGGCGGCGUGCAGAAGGAAAUCUAUGCCGAAGGCACGCACUUCCGGAUCCCCUGGUUCGAGACUCCUAUCACAUACGACGUGCGUGCGAGGCCCCGAAACGUCGCCUCCCUCACCGGCACCAAGGACCUGCAGAUGGUCAACAUAACCUGCCGUGUGCUCUCGCGACCGCGGAUCGACGCGCUGCCGCAGAUCUACAGGACGCUGGGGACCGACUACGACGAGAGGGUGCUGCCAUCGAUUGUGAACGAGGUGCUUAAGAGCGUCGUGGCGCAGUUCAAUGCCAGCCAGUUGAUUACCCAGCGUGAGAACGUGAGUAGGCUAGUGAGGGACAAUCUGGUCAGGAGGGCGGCGAGGUUUAAUAUCAUGUUGGAUGAUGUGUCGUUGACGCACCUCGCCUUCUCCCCCGAAUUCACCGCCGCCGUCGAAGCCAAGCAAGUUGCCCAGCAGGAAGCCCAACGUGCCGCCUUCGUUGUCGACAAAGCCCGCCAGGAGAAGCAAGCCAUGGUGGUCCGCGCCCAGGGUGAGGCCCGAUCCGCCGAGCUGAUCGGUGACGCCAUCAAGAAGUCGAGGUCGUAUGUCGAUCUGAGGGAGUUCGAGAACGCGAGGAACAUUGCACAGAUCCUGCAGCAGUCGCAGAACAAGGUGUAUCUGGAUGCGAGUGGCUUGGGCCUCAACAUCACCCAGACGCAGUCCGACAAGGAACAGCGGGCUGCUAGGAAGUAAUAUCACUGAGAGCGGGCAGGCGACGUUGUACAACGAAAGCUGUGUAUAAUAAGGGAGAUGGAAAAUCUGGGAUUCGAGCGUCGAGCGUGGCAGCUUUCCACUCUUGUCUUAAAUAAGGAAUAGUAAUUUCUGAAGUCGAAUGUCUUACUCUGCCACCAUAGUCACUGUCUCACAAACAGCGCUGUCCAUCGAUGUUCAUGUUCGUUUCAUUCUUGUGUAGUAUUGGCUCUUCUAUGGGAGCUACUCAUUCCGUCGUGCUUUUCGUCAUCAUAUUCCGCCUGCUAAAUUCAAAGCGGCCACCUAGGCUUUCUAUGCAAGUGACAUGAUAUAAUGCAAGCUAAAUCGCCCAUCAGAUCGAAAAAAGAGAAAGCCAGAUGACCACGCGAUAGGCGUUCUAUCAGUCUGUAACAAAAUCCCACCAGUGUAUGCCCUUACCCUCAUAUCCUCAGUGUCGCUGGGUGUCUCGGCCGUGUAUUCAUUGUUUUCUUC